CAUCGGAAGAUAACGAACGAACUAGAAAUUUUUUCGGCUGCGUUUCAACACACGAAAGUAAAUUUUCGAUUCAAAAUUUAAUUAAAAUGGAUUUCCAAAUAGUUGUUACAACGUGAAAAAUGCAUAGAACUGGAUUUCUUCGUUGACCUUUUUCUUUAAUAAUAUUAAUAUGAAGUAUUUAUCAUUCAAUAUCGUGCUGUUGCUUGCAAUAGCGAACUGCUGUUCGGCUAUGACUACUAAACGCCCCACAACCUUACGUCGAAGACGAAUGGACCUUUGGAAGGAAUUAGGAGAGCCUAAAUUGAUCGUGGCGCCGAUGGUCGAUGCUAGCGAAUUAGCCUGGCGUAUGCUGUGUCGUAAACACGGUGCUCAAUUGUGUUAUACACCAAUGCUCCAUAGCUCGGUUUUCGUCAAAAGCGAAAAAUAUCGAAACGAGUCAUUACAAACGUGCCCCGAAGAUAGACCUCUGAUCAUUCAGUUCUGCGCCAAUAAUCCGAAAACUCUUCUACAAGCUGCCAAAUUCGUCGAAGGAUAUUGCGAUUGUAUCGAUAUUAACUUAGGAUGCCCUCAAUCUAUCGCCAAACGUGGUCAUUACGGUGCUUUUCUCCAAGACGAAUGGCCCCUGUUGGCUGAAAUGGUUAGCACGCUACGUAAGAAUAUCAGUACUCCGGUGAGUUGUAAGAUUCGAGUUUUCCCGGAGAUCGAGAAAUCGGUCAAGUAUGCCAAGAUGCUGGAAGAGGCCGGAUGUCAAAUGUUGACCGUUCAUGGAAGGACUAGAGAACAGAAGGGACCGCUGACCGGGGUGGCUAGCUGGUCUCAUAUUAAAGCUAUUAGAGAAGCAGUCAGCAUACCUGUGAUAGCCAAUGGAAAUAUACAAUGUUUGAAUGAUAUCUGGAGAUGUAUAAACGAAACUGGUUGUCGAGGAGUUAUGUCUGCCGAAGGUAUUCUCUACAAUCCGGCUCUAUUCGAAGGAACCCUGGUGCCAGUUUGGGAAGUAGCCUUAGAAUACCUGAAACUCACCGAUUUACACCCUUGUCCUUUAUCUUACAUUAGAGGACAUUUGUUUAAACUUUUUCAUCAUAUAUUCGCCGUUUCAGAAAACGAAGACUUACGACAAGGUAUUGCAUUGGGUAAAAAUAAAGAUACUUUUUUGGAGACGACUUUGAAGAUCAAAGAACGUUUCGAAACUCUUCAUCAGAACGGAGCAUCGUGGAGUAAUAAUAACGUUUCUGACGAUUGUAACGUUCAUCUACCUCCGUGGAUAUGCCAACCGUGGGUUCGAAUGGCACCCGAAUUACAUCUGGAAAAAAUGCUGCGAUUAAGUAACCGAGCUAAAGAGGAGAGACUCAACGGAACGAACGAAAAAGAAAAUGUCCAGUCGAGUUCGAAAAGAGAACUCGAAGGUGAUACGGAAGAUUCCGAGGGUGUUUCGAAGAAGAAGCAAAAGAAGAUGGCUAAGAAGUCUUCGGCUAAUCCGAAUUGUAGAAGGAAUUACAUUUCGUGUGCGAUUUGCCAAAAUCCUGUGGGAUUGAAGUGCGAAUACAAGUUUUGUAAGUUGUGUUGUAAGGCUAAAUGCAUCAAAGAAGUUUUAGAUUGUCCUGGACAUCGAAUCAAAGUAGCUACGAGAAAGGCUCUGAAAAUCGAAACGAUGCAAACCGAACCGAUAAAGACCUGAAAUAGAAUACUUGUAUGUACUUAUCGUUAGUACAAACGUAUUCGUUUCCAAGGCGAACGAACUUCUAAGAAAAUCUGAUACUUACCUACGUUGAAUGGGCCACCAUUAGGUUAAAAAUAGUCAUACACGAUGUAAUAAGUAAUAAUUUCGUACUACGAUGGACCAUGUUCGCCUCACAUAAAUGCAUCGAUUACCAACAGCAUCUUCUACGAACGGAAUUUACGAUAAACGAAAUCCUUCAUCGGUAUCCUUCAAGAUAUAGCAAAUAUCUCCCUAGAGGUAUCAAAAGACAUCCCUCAUAACGUAAUAUCGACACUUUUACACCAUAAAACGUCGCGAGCUCGCACGUUUAAUGGCUUGUUUUUCAUACCAACGCUCCUCGUUUAUGGCUCAAUGUGGUCGUUAUAGAGAUGCCUAAAUUGUGACGAUAUGUCAGUUUGGAUAAAUACCUACUAGUAAUAUUGGUGGAGUUACCGUACACGUUCAUUGGUUCCAUAUCAAGCUGAUAAACACGAUUACAGUACAGGAAAUCUUUUUUUAUUAUUCAUGUAGUUCUGUUUUUCCCCCAAGUAGAGGAUUUACAUGUUAUUUUGUGAGCUAUAAUAGAGACGUGUUAGUGGUAAAUAUGACUCAGUUUUCGUGAGCGAUUUUUAUUGAUGUGUUGCCGUCAUUUUGACUUGGUAGGUUUUUUUUUCUAGGUGAACUCAGUUUAUCACAUAUCAAAGGUAUUAUUAUGUGUGAAUUCUACGUAUUACAUAGUUCGCAAUUUCUGUGAUAUGUUUUUUAAUAACGCUGUAUAUUGUUUUAAAUUAUUGUACAGGUGUAUUUGAUUGUAAAUAAACGUUAUUUUUUGAUG